AGGCAAAUUUAUCGUGAACAAUAAAGGAGGUACUACAAAAGCAAAAUUAAUCAUCGACGACAAAAUUCCGAUUUCUCUUGAUAUAAGAUUUGGGGAAAGAAAAUACAGAAAAUCAGACAAUUUUCAAGGCGUCAUAAAUUUUGAAGCUGGAAAUUAUCCAGAGUUAAACACGAAAAUCGUAGGUGAACUUAGUGAAACACGUUCAAACCAAGUAGAUGUACAAACGAAUGUAGAUAUAUGGUAUGGGCCCGAUUUUCAAAAUGAGGCCAAACAUAUUGUCUUAAGAUUGGAUAUAAAAAAGACGAGCGAUUACAGGGAACCGUCAGCUAGUAUUCUAACAAGCAUAAAAUAUCCCGCACUUGAUGUUGAUAUUCAUUUGAAAGGGGAAUAUGCGGCAAAGAAAGACAGGAAAUUACAUAAGCAUGAAGCAUUUAUAAAUUUUGAAGCUAGAUAUUAUCCAGAGUUAAACACGAAAAUCGUAGGUGAACUUAGUGAAACACGUUCAAACCAAGUAGAUGUACAAACGAAUGUAGAUAUAUGGUAUGGACCUGACUUUCAAAAUGACGCCAAACAUAUUGUCUUAAGAUUGGAUUUGAAAAAGACGAGCGAUUACAGUGAACCGUCAGCUAGUAUUCUUACAAGCAUAAAAUAUCCCGCACUUGAUGUUGAUAUUCAGUUAAAAGGGGAAGGCGUGGAAAAAACGAUAAACAGCACAUUACAAAAACUUGAAGCAAUCAUAAAUUUUGAAGCUAGAAAUAAUCCAAAGCUAAACACAAAAAUUGUUGGUGAACUUAGUGAUACACGUUCAAACAAAGAGACGAACAUAGAUAUAUGGUAUGGACCUGAUUUUCAAAAUGACGCCAAACAUAUUGUCUUAAAACUGGAUAUGAAAAAGACGAGCGAUUACAGUGAACCGUCAGCUAGUAUUCUUACAAGCAUAAAAUAUCCCGCAUUUGAUGUUGAUAUUCAUUUGAAAGGGGAAUAUUCGGCAAAGAAAAACAGGAAAUUACAUAAGCAUGAAGCACUCAUAAACUUUGAAGCUAAAAAUAAUCCACAGCUAAACACAAAAAUUGUUGGUGAACUUAGUGAAACACGUUCAAACCAAGUAGAUGUACAAACGAAUGUAGAUAUAUGGUAUGGACCGGAUUUCCAAAAUAACGCAAAACAUAUUGUCUUUAGAAUGGAUAUGAAAGAGACGAGCGAUUACAGGGAACAGUCAGCUAGUAUUCUUACAAGCAUAAAAUAUCCCGCACUUGAUGUUGAUAUUCAGUUAAAAGGGGAAUGUGUGGAAAAAAAGAUAAACAGCAAAUUACAAAAGCUUGAAGCAAUCAUAGACUUUGAAGCUAGAAAUAAUCCAGAGCUAAACACAAAAAUUGUUGGUGAACUAAGUGAAAUACGUUCAAACCAAGAAUAUGUACAAACGAAUGUAGAUUUAUGGUAUGGACCGGAUUUUCAAAAUGACGCCAAACAUAUUGUCUUACGAUUGGAUAUGAAAAAGACGAGCGAUUACAGGGAACCGUCAGCUAGUAUUCUUACAAGCAUAAAAUAUCCCGCACUUGAUGUUGAUAUUCAUUUGAAAGGGGAAUAUGCGGCAAAGGAAAACAGGACAUUACAUAAGCAUGAAGCACUUAUAAACUUUGAAUCUAGAAAUAAUCCAGAGCUAAACACAAAAAUUGUUGGUGAACUUAGUGGAAACCAAGUAGAUGUACAAACGAACAUAGAUAUAUGGUAUGGACCAGAUUUUCAAAAUGACGCUAAACAUAUUGUCUUAAGUUUGGAUAUGAAAAAGAUGAGCGACUACAGAGAAUCAUCAGCUAGUAUCCUUACAAGCAUAAAAUAUCCCGCUAUUGACGUUGAUAUACAUUUUGGUGGAGACUAUGUCUGUGAAAACAGCAAGAUAUGGUCAAGUUUGGUGUUGCAUUCUGGACAAAGAAAGCCUAUAAAAACAAGUUUCAGAGUCGACGUCAAGGGCAAAUGGCGUUUUACAAAUAUCAAUGUUGCCGAAUAUAUUUUAAUUGUACCCCAACAUAGUAUAGAUGAAUAUUUUAUAUACUCAGCUGAGAGGACUUUAGAGCGAAAUUUCAAAACUACAUUGAAAGUUCGAUUGAAGAGAGGUGAGAAUAAUGAAAUUACAAGUUUAAUAAUACCAAGUACGGAUACUUUUACGAUAAUUAUAGACAUAAAACUUUUUGGUCAGAGUCUAGCUAACAUGAAAUUAGAGUUCAAAGAAAGGGAGAAGAUUUAUUCUGCUCGCAUGUCUUUUGAAAGCAGUCACAGAAAAUACGAAAGUUACAUGACAUUACUUUUACAUGACUAUUUGCCGCCCUCUGAACAUUUAACGGGAUAUAUAGCGGUCAUUUUUCCUACUAGAAUUGUCAUCUUCGAUAUUUUCUACGUAUUUUCCGGAAAGGGUUCCAGUUAUGAAAGUUUCAAGUUGGACAUUGUGAAAAAGUAUGAUUCAGCAAAAAAUAUUUUCAAAACUAAUAACGGAGUCGAUAUCACAUCUAAAAUAUCGACACCUUUAAAAGAAUUGUCUCGGCUUGCAUUCGAUGCAUCUAUUCUCAAGACGAGAGGGAGGAUAGUAACAGAUACAUUUGUCUUCAGAUUUGACCCAUCGCGUGCAUACAAGCUCCGACCAAUCGUAACAACGAUUGAAAUAAACGAAGAGUCAGGCAUUAAACUAUCUAACGAGUAUAACAUUGGACCUAACAAAAAAUAUUUUGAAUUAAGAGCUAAUGUAAGAAAUAUUGUUAAUUUAAAUGUUUUUUACAAAUGUCCAACUUCAGGUUUGUAUGCUGUAGCUUAUAAACAUACAGGUAAUUUCAAAGACUUUCAAUGCCAUUUAGAAUUUACGAAAAAUACUGAAGAAUGGCAUGGGGAUUUUCAUCUGAAAACAGUUGGCAGUAUCCGAGGAGGAAUGCUCAAGUUUAAACCGCCAGCCUCCUCUAGGCUAAACCCUGUUUUAGUGAGUUUAGAGCAUACAGGCGAUUUAAACGACUUUACAUGCCAUGUACAAUUUACGAAAAGCACUGAAGAAUGGAAUGGGGAUUUUUAUCUGAAAACAGUUGGCAGCAUCCAAGGAAUGCUAAAGUUUAAACCUUCAGCCUCCUCUAGGCUAAAACCUGUUUCAGUGAGUUUAGAGCAUACAGGCGAUUUAAACGACUUCAAAUGUCAUGUAGAUCUAACGGAAAAUUUUGAAGAAUGGCAUGGGGAUUUUCAUUUAAAAAAAGAUGAAAAUAUAAAAGGUAUGCUCAAACUUAAACCACCUUCCUCCUCUACAUUUAAGCCCAUUUUAAUAUCUUUUGAGCAUUCGUGGAUAAAAAUGAUAUCUCGCACAGACGUUUUAAUUGGUGAAGACAAAAUAGCAUACAAACUUGUUUGUUCUCUUGCACCCAUUUUCUGGCAUUUCGACUUUCAAUUUGGAAAAAUUUACAUGAAUACAGACUUUGUUCUGAAAAUAAAGAGUAUUUCGGUAGGUUUAUCAUUCAGGAUAACUUCUUCGUUAUGUUCGGAUGCAACCGGUGACUUUUACAUACAAGGCGAAUUAACAGACUUUUCAUCAACAACCGUACUGGAGAUAUCAAACAAUGAAAACGACGAGCAUCUCGUUUACAGAACAAUUUCUUCGUCAAUUGAUUCGCCGACUAAAAUAGAGUCGGCGAUAGAAAAGCUAGGUUUAACUGUGCAGCGCCAUGGUGACAUUGCUCGUUCAUAUACAGUGAAAAGAAGUAGAAGUGCUUUAUUACAAAUAACAUCAGAGCGUUAUACAGUAACGUUUAGAUUUUGGUCGAAAAAAAGUAUCAACUUUGACGGUAGCAUCACCUCGCCGAUAGAAGGCUACAAAUCUUUAACGGCAAAUUUCAAACAAAGCAAUAACAAAAGGUACUUUAAAUGCACUGGAAGCGCUGUCAUCGAACAUGAAAGGAGCGAUUUCAAUAUUAAACUAGACCGAUAUAUCCCGAAAUUACUUGCCAAAGCGACAAUAAAACACAAUUAUGAAUAUUCGAUCCUUGUAGAUUUAAAAAAAGACAUUAAUGCAAAAUUCGAUAUGGUCAUUCCCGACAUGGAUCACAUAAGUGGUAAUUAUACUCAAAGUCUUAGUUCCCACUCGUGUAAAGCAUUGGCCCAUCUGAAAUUGUCUUCAAGCGUUUUCUUUGAUUGUGAUAUUGAAUUGAAAUGGAAAACCGACUUAAUCGUUGUUUUUACUCUAAAAACACCAUUCCAAGGAUUUGAAAAGAUAGUACUGAAAACUAAUUAUGAUAGGUCACUUUCAACUAAGACGUAUACCUCCUCUGCAAAUCUUCAAAUAGAAGAAUAUGUAGUUGAGGUUUCAACAACAAUCGUGGAUACACCUAGCUUAACAAAUGCAGAUUUUACACUGAGAACCCGUGGGGAACUAAUGCAUUCUUCAGCAAGAUCCCAUAACGAUAUCAGAGCCUCUUUUAUGCAAAGCGGAAGUUCAAGUGGCACUGUCAUGACAUACGAAGUCAAUAUUAACUCAUUAACAAGAAUUAACGGGAAACUGAAUACUGUUCAUUUUGGUUCUGAACAAAUGUCUGCAGAUGUUGAACUAAGGACACCUUUCAAGAAUAUGGAAGUAAAUAAAGUAUCUUAUAAGCACACGAGAGACUCAAAUAACAUUCAAUGUGACAUCAAUUCUUCGAUAUUCGGCAAAGAGGUGACAGGAACUAUUGCAGGCUCGGUGCAGCCUCUAAGAAUGGAUCUAGAUAUUAAAACACCUUUCAAGGACAUUGAGAAUAUUGGAUUAAAUGGAAUUGUUGAAACCGAUGAGAACAAAUACUUUGGCAGAAUGCAGGCAAAAUUAAAUCCAAAUAACCAAUUCCUGAUAGAGGGAAAAUUAUCAACGGCACGUUCUAUUGACGGUGCAAUUUCUAUUUCUACACCCUUUAAGCAAAUGAGAAAUACAUCUAUUAUGAUUUCUGACACAAAUUUAGUCACCAGAGGUGUUUCAGAAGGUGUUAAAAUAAUUCAUAAUGGCAAAAGAAUUGGUACGUAGUGUUUAUGGUAAAAUAUAACAGUAAUUUGGAACUAUUUAUGUCUUAUAAACAGAAAAAUUUUGUUUCAUGUAUAUAACGCAUUUUGUAUGUUAAGGAUUGUGUGUGUGCGUAUCUGUGUAUGUUUGUAUGAUGUAUAGAAUGUUGGAUAGUAAGACACAAUAAACAAAGCUCAGCUAACGCGGUGCACUAUAACUAUUA